CGCGGCCGAUCAGGAAAUGAAAUCCUUUCUUCUUCGUUUUUAAACGUGACCAAAGUUCUCUAUUCAGGCUUUAAAUUUUGUAAGAACCAGUGAUAAUGGCUCAGCACAACAGUGCCAUUGGAAAUGAUUUCUCUGACAGCAGCGUUCACGCGGAUGUCAAGGAUUAUUAUGGAAAGAGGCUCCAGAAGACGUCGGACCUGAAGACAGGCGCCUGCGUGGCUCCAGCUCAGCCUCUCCCAGCCUUCAUAAGGGAAGCCCUGAAGAAAGUUCACCCCGAAGUCUCUAACAAAUACUACGGGUGUGGUCUGGUGGUGCCGGAGUCCUUGGAGGGCUGCAGGAUUCUGGACCUGGGCUGUGGGAGUGGAAGGGACUGCUACAUGUUAAGUUUGCUAGUUGGGGAAAAAGGUCACGUCACCGGCAUUGACAUGACUGAGGCCCAGCUUGAAGUGGCCAGAAAAUAUAUGGAUUACCACACGAAGGAGUUCGGCUACAAGGAGCCAAACGUGAGUUUUGUUCAGGGCUACAUUGAGGCCUUAUCUGCAGCGGGUCUGGGAAAAAACUCGUUUGACAUCAUCAUCUCCAACUGCGUAGUGAACCUCUCCCCAGACAAGAAACAGGUUCUGGUUGAAGCAUACAAUGCACUCAAGGAUGGGGGUGAGCUAUACUUCAGUGACAUCUACUCCAGUGGAAGACUGACGGAGGAAAUUAAAAAUCACAAAGUGCUGUGGGGUGAAUGUCUGGGUGGAGCGCUGUGGUGGAAGGAUCUGCUGCAGCUGGCUGAGGAGGUGGGCUUCAGUCAGCCACGGCUGGUUACGGCCACCGUCGUCGCCGUUGACAAUAAAGAACUGCAGGACGUUCUAGGUGACUUCAAGUUUGUUUCUGCCACGUACCGCCUGUUCAAAGUCCCUAAAGGUAAAACCAAGACCUGCCAGGUCAUAUAUAAUGGAGGCAUCACUGGGGCAGAGGACAACUUCCAGUUUGACUGUCACUACGCCUUUAAGACCAAUGAAGUGGUGCAGGUGGACGGAGAAGCAGCUGGCAUCCUGAGGCAUUCCAGAUUUGCAGAAGACUUCACUUUCCAGCCACCAGGGGGCUCCUGUGAGCCUUGUUGUGCCAAGCUUAGGGCUGACACGGUGGAUCCUUUUGACCUGGCCUCUCUGUCGGGCACUCGAGGGGGAUGCUGCAGCACCAAAUCUGCUGACUGCUGCAAAUGAUCAUAGGACGAGCACUGAGAAAUGCAGCAGCAUGCUAUGUGCUGUGUGAUUGUCCUUUUUCAGUAAGACUAAAAUCAGACACUUCAGAUGAAUAAGGUAGUAAAAUUUCAAACUUUCCCUGUUCCAAAUGUGCCUUUACACAGUUUUCUAAGAGAAGAGAGAUGGCUGUGAAAUGUCACAUAUGGAUUUCCGUGUUUUUGUGGCUUUCCUGAAAUCACUUUCUCAAUGAAGGAUAAUGGAAGAAUCAGAAGAAAUGUGAGUAAAGAUGAUCACAAAAGAACUUGCUAUCCUUCACAGAGCACCAGUGAAGGUUAUUUUUUACACACGUUAGCAGUUCUUUCUAAUCAACAGGCUCUAAUACCACAAUAUCCUUACUUAACCUUCAUAAAGUGAAGUUCUAGUUUCUGCAACCACUCAGGUUCUGAGGGGAUUUACAGAACUGUACUUGUUGACAUUCUCCUGUAACGUAUACUCUUUGUGUAGGUGAAGAAAUAUUGUGUGUCUUCAGGAUAUUUUCUCUUUAUUUGUGAACAUUUGGUAAUUUUAAGUUUUUUUUUAAACUACUUGUGUGGUGUUUAUAAACAGAAUUCCACAGAUAAUUUUUAAAAUGCAUGUUUUAGUUUUUGCUGGGCUUUAAUGAAUUACUAAAAUCCUCAAAGCUUUACACUUUUCAGUGAAAAAAUUAUAGUUUAACUGAAAUACUAAAGUUCCAAGUAUUUUAACAUAAAAAAAUACCCUGAAACUUUCAGGUUAAACAUCUGCUUUAAUUUGAUGAAAACUGAAUCCUGUAAGUUUCCCUCUCAUACAAAAUAUAUUUUUAAUACGUAAGAGCCAGACCCACCAACAUCUUUUAUCUGUAAUGACAGUGCAAGUCAUUAUUUUGUCUUCAGGACCUUCUGACUGUAGCUGAACAUUUUUUCUUCUUUAGUCAAGAAACUCCUACUCUUAAGUGUUUUCAGUGAAGUUUGUGUCCACUAAGGUCACAAAUGAAAGAUUGUAUGUUCAUUUAAUUUAACUGUUUAGCUAAAUCUUAUUUCACACAAAAGCAAAAGGUUUCUUGACUUUAUGGAUUCUCAUGUAUGUUUAAAUGUCCUCCAUGGUUACACUCAUUUACCUUCCUUAGCCAUUUCUCUUGUGUUUGCCUUUGACCUUAUUUAUUAAGGAAGGUUGUGCCUAAAGUCAUAGCACACCAUGAAAUAAAAUUUCACUUCAGAUUUA